CUCUGCAGCCUCCGGAGCGCGUUGCACUUAUUAUCAUCACUGCCGGGGGAGUGUGUCCUCGCCGGCUCGCCGUGCCGCGGUGGGAGGGCAAGGGGGCAGGGCUGACAUGGGAGAAGGCAUGUCCAAAAGACUGAAGGUGCAACUGGGAGGCGAAGCGGAGAUGGAGGAGAGGGCGUUCAACAACCCCUACCCGGAUUAUUCGCCCCAUGGAGCCGCCGCCUCCGCGGCCAGCGUUGCUCCGUCUUCCCCCAGCGACGAGGAAGGCAAGCGAUGCCGUUCGGCUUCGCCCCAGAGGGACGAUUCUCUCCCUUUCGACAGCGACGGGAAGAUCAGCCCUUCUUUCAAUAAAAGGAUCACAACUAAAAUUAAGGAUCUGUUGCAACAAAUGGAAGAAGGACUAAAGACUGCAGAUCCACAUGACUGCUCUGCGUAUACUGGCUGGACAGGAAUAGCCCUCUUGUACCUUCAGCUGUACCACGUGACAAAGGAGCAAAGUCACUUACAGCGGUCCCUGGAUUACGUGAAGAGAAUACUGCGCAAUCUGAAUGGAAGGCGGGUUACGUUCCUCUGUGGUGAUGCUGGACCCUUGGCAGUGGGAGCCGUGGUAUACCACAAGCUGAAGAAUGACAGUGAAUCCAAGGAGUGUGUGACCAAACUACUACAGCUCCAGAGAAUAGUCAUCGCCACAGAUUCUGACCUUCCAGAUGAGCUGCUGUAUGGAAGAGCCGGUUACCUGUAUGCCUUGCUUUAUCUGAAUACUGAAAUUGGUCCGGAGACAGUGCCGCAGUCUGUUAUCAAAGAGGUGGUAGAUGUCAUCAUUGAAUCCGGUAAAAAUUUUUCCAGAGAAGAGAGGAAAACAGAACGCUGCCCACUAUUGUACCAGUGGCACAGGAAGCAGUACGUUGGUGCAGCCCAUGGUGUGUCUGGGAUCUAUUACAUGCUUAUGCAGCCAGCAUCCAAUGUGGAUCAGGAGAUUUUGACGGAGCUGGUGAAGCCAAGCAUUGACUAUGUGCGUCAUAAAAAAUUCCGAUCUGGGAAUUAUCCAUCAUCUUUAAGCAACGAAACUGACAGGCUGGUUCACUGGUGCCAUGGUGCCCCUGGAGUAAUCCAUAUGCUCAUGCAAGCAUAUAAGAUUUUCAAAGAAGAUAAAUAUUUGAAGGAUGCCAUGGAAUGUAGUGAUGUCAUUUGGCAGAGAGGAUUAUUGAGGAAAGGGUAUGGGAUCUGCCAUGGGACUGCUGGAAAUGGCUACUCCUUCUUAUCCCUCUACCACCUAACUCUGGAUAAAAAGUACCUCUACCGAGCAUGCAAGUUUGCAGAGUGGUGUCUUGAGUAUGGAGCACACGGAUGUCGUAUUCCUGACAGGCCUUACUCGUUGUUUGAAGGAAUGGCGGGAGCUAUCCACUUCCUUUCUGACAUAUUGGUCCCUGAGAAGUCCCGCUUCCCAGCAUUUGAACUCACUCCUCCAAGGAAAGAAAACAAAGAGGAGUGCAACAGCUAAAUAGAAACUGAAGAUGGUGCCAAAAGCAACAAGGAUGCUUAGUGCCUAAACCAGCGUUGGAGUCUGAGCAAAGAGCGAGCGCUUUCUCAUCCGUUCUCCAAAGGACCAUGUUCGUCAUUGUCACAUGAGCGAGGGAAUUCACACCUAGAUAGGUCAUGUAAAGAGAUGCCUUUAGCUGUGUUAAAGAGCAAUCUUAAGUUUGUUGGGCCUCUCCCAUUCUGGUUUUCACAGUUGUCUCUUCAGGUCUUUUGAGUGUUUGCAUGUUUCUUGGUGUUGUCCGUAAAGUGUGACUCUUUUCUGUUGUUUGUUGAAAAGCUGAAACUGUUCUGUGACAUCCAGUGUUUUCCUGUGCAUGACUGUAAUGACAACACAGCUCUCUUUCUGCAGCUGGACAUGUGAGGAUCAAGUUGGCUGAUCUUAGUCCAAACUCACAAUGUUCAAUUCACCGGCCAUAGUUUUUUCCAAGACAUCAGUCAAGGGCAUGAUCCAGUCAUGUUUACCUCUUUCAAAGCCCCACUGAUUUCUAUGAACAUGUUAAGGAUGUGCCUAAAUGUCUCCUGUGGAAAUGAGGAAGAACUUAAGAGUGCUCAGCUUCUGACCGAAUUAUACCCAGAGAAGUUCUUCUCCUCCCACAUCAAACUUUUUAAAGCUUUUAGUCCACCCAAAGUGAAGAAUUUCAUCCCAUUGAAAUUUGUGGGACUUAGUCGUGCUCUUAAGUUUUGUGCACACUUAAACAGAAUAACAUGGUCUCUCCCUCUCUCAACGUUUCGCUUUCUUCUUGGUCCUCACAAAGCCUGUUUCCAAGCUCCUCCUUUUUAUGAGACCAGUCUUCAGAUUUGGCAAUUGUGAGCACUCUCUGAAACAACCCUUUUAGUGCAAGGAAGGGGUCCCAUGCACACAUGAAGCGGACAACUCACGUCCAUGUUGCAGCUUGCUGUGAUUACAAUGCUGUCAUUUUGCGGGGAGGAAAACCAGCCCUUUGGUGCUGUUGCUUUGUGCAGGGCCACAGGUAAGCAGCUACAGCCAGGGUGGGUAACUUGUGGCCCUCCAGUUGUUGCUGGACUGCAGCUAACACGAUUCCUCACCAUUGGCUGAGCUGUCCAGGGCUGCUGGGCACUGCAGUGCCAAAGACAUCUGGAGGGUCACAACUUGCCCAGCCUUGGGCUACAGGAAGCAAACAGCUUGCUGCUGCAGUACAAAUCUUCUCAAAAGGGGUCAAAAUUCCCUCAUUAACAGCAAAGCUGUAGGUGCCUCUGUCGGGUUACUUAGGCUGCCUCAGCAUUUUUCAGUAUUCUAUUAAAGAGCUAGACUGUGAAUGUGCAUUUCUCAUGGCCAAAGUUCUCAACAAAUAGGCUGUUCCUCCUCUUAAUUUACUCCAUUGAUCUGUUUUCACAUCUUCUAAAAAAAACUGAAGAAAAAUCAAGACAAACUCAGUGGCUUCCAGUUGCUGUUAAUGCGGAAAUGAACCCCACUUUCAAAAUAAGAUGUUUAGAUGCUACAAAGUAUGUUCUAAUUUUGUGAAGACUGUGGCACUGGUUUUUUGUCUUAAUGGGAAAAGGACAGCCUUUUGGAGUAAGUGGAAGUCUUUUGUAAGAUGGGACGGUGGAUCGGGGGGAGGGAAUGGGGAUUGUUCUCACAAUGUUUUGCUGUUCAAAUUGUUUUCCAAAUGAAUAAAUAAAUUUAGCUAAA